AUGAUUUCACCGGUAAAAAAAUGGAUGCAUCAUCGCAAUAGCAAGAAGCAGGAGAAAGUACCUUUAAGUUCAUUCAGGCCGGACGAUAGGAACCUGGAUUCCGAAGCAAUGACUAAACCAUUCUCCAACGUAAAACAAAUAAAUAAAUCCUAA